AAGGGGGGUAAUGCAAGUUUUGUUUAAAGUUCAGAAGAAGAAGACAAAACAAACUUGAAAUGUCCUCCUUGAUUUGUAAUCAGAUGUCAGUUUUACUCAAAGUUCCCAAAAGAAUUUCUCUUUUUCAUCCAACAAGAUGUGCCUCACACUCAGUUUCUGUAAAGUCUCUAGACAAGAUUCUAAUUGCCAACCGUGGAGAAAUUGCUUGCAGGGUCAUGAGAACAGCUAAAAAGCUUGGCAUAAGAAGUGUUGCUGUUUAUAGUGAAGCAGAUAAGAAUGCCAUGCAUGUAGCCUUAGCAGAUGAAGCUUAUCUCAUUGGACCUCCUGCAGUUUCUGAAAGUUAUCUAAGGCAAGAUAAAAUUCUGAAAACUGCUAAAUUAUUUGGAGCUCAAGCUAUUCAUCCUGGUUAUGGUUUCUUGUCAGAGAAUGUUGAAUUCGCUGAAGCCUGCGAGAAAGAGAAUAUUAUAUUUAUUGGCCCCCCUGCGACAGCCAUUCGUGAUAUGGGAAUAAAAAGCACUUCAAAGAAAAUAAUGGCAGAUGCAGGAGUACCUAUAAUACAAGGUUACCAUGGAGAAGACCAGUCUUUGGAGAAACUUCGCCAAGAAGCUGCUAAAAUUGGUUACCCUGUAAUGAUAAAAGCAGUCAGAGGUGGGGGAGGAAAAGGAAUGAGGAUAGCUAUGUCUGAGUCUGAAUUUGAAAGUCAGCUACAGUCCGCCAAAACAGAGGCUAUGAAAUCUUUUGGAGAUCAAGUCAUGCUGUUAGAGAAAUUUGUUGAGAACCCCAGACAUGUUGAAGUGCAGGUGUUUGGUGAUCGUCAUGGCAACUAUGUCUAUUUAUUUGAAAGAGAUUGCAGUGUACAAAGAAGACACCAGAAGAUAAUUGAAGAAGCCCCAGCACCAGGACUAACAGAAGAGGUGAGAAAAAGUAUUGGCGAGGCAGCUGUCAGAGCAGCUAGAGCUGUCAACUAUGUGGGGGCAGGGACAGUUGAGUUUAUUAUGGACAAAAACUUGAAGUUUUAUUUUAUGGAAAUGAACACCAGACUUCAGGUGGAGCAUCCCAUUACAGAGAUGAUAACAGGAACAGAUUUGGUAGAAUGGCAACUUAGGGUAGCAGCAGGUGAGACCCUACCCAUGAAACAGGAAGAACUGAAAAUUCGAGGUCAUGCCUUUGAGGCUAGGAUCUACGCUGAGGAUCCUGACUCUGGCUUCAUGCCUGGCUCUGGAAAGUUACUACACCUGAAAACACCCACACCUGCUUGUGAUCUGAGAAUCGAAACUGGAGUUCGACAAGGAGAUGAAGUCUCUGUGCACUAUGAUCCAAUGAUUGCUAAGUUGGUCGUAUGGUCAGAUGAUCGGCAAAGUGCACUCAAGCGUACAGUAGCAGCACUUAGGGAUUACCAUAUUGUUGGUCUCAGUACUAAUAUACGUUUCCUAAUGGCUCUAGCAUCCCACCAGUCUUUUAAAGCAGGGGAUGUAAACACUGAUUUUAUCCCACAACAUCAGACAGAGUUAUUUCCUCCACGCUCACUCAGUAAGACCUCCUUGGCUCAAGCAGCACUUGUGAUGGUGGCCAGUCACAGAAUGAGUGUUGCCAAGAAGGUUUUGUCAACCAAAGACAGCUAUUCUCCAUUUGCAUUAAAUUAUAACUUGAGACUGAACACUUCAGCAAGCUAUACACUGAGUCUUGCUGAUGGAGACAGUGAGCAUAAAAUCACAUUAACUGAAGUGGACCCCGACAAAUGGCAUGUGGCUGUGGAUGGUGGGGAUCAGCUGAAAGUCAGUGAUGUUGUGCUGACAGAGGAGAGCUCUGACAAGUUUACGGUGAAGUGUUGUGUGGACAACACAGUUUCUACCAUGACAGUAUUACUGCAGGGCAACUCUGUCCACUUGUUUACUGUGGAUGGCUUGCACAGUCUAAACAUACCUUCCCCUAAUUACUUGAAGUCUGCCACUAAAGCUGGCAGUUCCUUUGAUCCUGUGGCACCAAUGCCUGGACUAAUAGAGAAAGUGCUUGUGAAGCCUGGCAGUAAGGUGGUCAAAGGUGAUCCACUGGUGGUGAUGAUUGCCAUGAAAAUGGAGUAUGUGAUCAGAGCAGCCAGAGAUGGGGUAAUAGAAAAAGUCUUCUAUAAGGAAGGAGAUAAUGUACCCAAGGGAGCUAUUGUUGUACACUUACAAGAGGGUGAAGCUUCACAGAACUAGAUUCCUAGACUUGGGACUAUAUGUGGAGUUCUUACAUAUGUUGACUAGUUCAAUAGAUUUUGCUGUCAGCUAAAGACCUUUGAUCUUGAAGUUCUGAAAAAACUGCAACUAAAGUCUACUAAUAAACCAACAAACCAGUUGCACAUGGGGACCUUCUGUUAAUAGUGGUAUCUUUUUGCUUGUAAAAUAUUUACAUCUUCUAAAUGUUUCAUGUAUUACAAAAUAUUUAGGUUAUUAGGGAAACAGGAUUCUAGUUUGAUUUGAAUUAUUAGAAUCCAAGUUUAAACUCUACAGCUUCUAUUAUAAAGUCAAAGUCCGUCGGUUCAAUUUUUUUUUUUUGCAACUAAAACUAGGAAGAAAUGUGGUGGCAAUAUAGUGGAGCCUAAAGCAAAAAAAAAAAAAAAAAUAAGAAAAUGAAAAGAGGAAGAUUAGGAGGGAUUGGAAAUAGACAAACUAAAUAAUGCCACGGACAGCACAUUGAAAGGUCAUGUUGUCAACUAAAGAAUAAAAGUAGCUUUGUGCUAGAAGGGAAAGAGCUAAGAAACUUAAUUCUAUGCUGAAAAAAAAAAAUUCUAAUGUAUAUUCAAAUAAUUUAUCAACAUGUCCAUAUUUUGUGGAUGGGAUACACUAGAAAGCUUGCCUCAAUGAUUGAACAAUCUCUAAUAGAAUCCCUCUUUUUGAUUUCAAUCUUCUGAGUGUCCUUGUUAGUAUAAGAUUGUUUCUGUCUCUACAUUAUUAGAUGUUUUCUUGUCAAUGUCAGCUUGAGAUUAUUAUGAGCCAUCAGGAGAUAGUGUUGUUGUUUUUUUUUAACUUUUAGUGCAAUCCAUAAAGUUAUACAAGUUCAUGUUUGGAGAGUUAUCUGACACUUAGGUGCAAGACUAUGACAUUUGUUUGUUUACCAUGGAUUACAUAAAAAACACACUACCAUUCUAUACCUGUAAAUAGUAUGUUCAAUUUUACUGACUAUUGUUAAAUGCUAUGUUCUAAAUAGACUGGUGACUGCUAAUGUAGCCCUCAAAAUAUUAUUUUUUUUUACUAAGUAAGAGUCUAUUAAAAUACAGGCAUUUUAGUCAUUGUAAGACUAACUUUUCGACUCUAACCUUGGACCUAAAACAGCUGCCCCAUGUAUAGUUUUUGCUUAUGUUUGUCUUUAAAUAUUUAGCUAAUGUGUUAGACUGCUCAUCCCUUGGAUUUGGUCAAUAUGCUGACUAGUUAUUUGAAUUAAUAGUUUAUGGGUAGAAUCAUGCGUGUUACCAAAAACACUUAACUUGACAGGAUUAGAUAGAAGUCUCUCACAAUUAUCUGACAGGACAACUCAGGAAAAUAAAAGUAUUUGAAGUAACCAGAUGUUUGGGUAGGAGGCCAAUUAUUAUUAUUUCAUGUACUCGUGUUAUCUCUACGUUUUUGUAAAUAAAUUCCAAUUACUUUAAUAAACUGUGUCUGUAUCUUUAUGAAUUGAAAAGGAAAUCUUAUGUAAUGGCAACAUAUACUUGAGAACAGCUCUGAGAUCGGUUGAGCUAUCAUUAACAUGGAAAAGCUUGGCUUCUGAACCGAAGGUCCUGGGUUGGAAUCCUGGUGAAGACUAGGUUGUUUUUUUCUAUUUUGGGAUCUUUAGGACAUCCAGCUCUAGUGGGCACCUGACAUUAGUUGGUGGUUAGUCAUUGUGCUGGCCACAUGACAACCUCGUUAACUGUGGGCCACAGAAACAGAUGACCUUUACAUCAUCUUGCCCCAUAGAUCACAAGGUUUGAAAGGGAAACUUUACUUUUAUUAUUAACAUAUAAUCUGAUAGCAGAUUGGUUGUAGUAGAUCAUUGGUGUAUUAACUGUAUUUUGCAAUACAACCAUAUUGACAUCAAA